AUGCCACCCGGCGCAGCAACCUCGGCCGACGACAAACCCCUCAAGGAUCCCUCUUUGCUCUGUACCAAAGCAUUCAUCAACGGUGAAUGGGUCGAUGCGGCAAGUGGGAAAACAUUCGAGGUCAUCGACCCCUCAAACGGGAACGUCAUCAUCGAACUCCCCGAAUGCGAUCCCUCCGACGUCGAGCGCGCAAUCCAAGCCGCCGCCGCCGCAUUCGAGACAUUCAAGAAAACUCCUGCAAGGACCAGAGCGAGAAUGUUGAGGAAAUGGUCUGACCUCAUGCUCGAUAAUAUCGAGGACUUGGCUGUGAUCAUGACGCUUGAGAACGGGAAGUCGUUGGCGGAUUCGAGGGGUGAGAUCACCUACGCCGCUUCCUUCCUCGAAUGGUUCGCGGGCGAAUCGGAAAGGACGUACGGACAGACGAUUCCGGCGUUCAACCCCAACUCCCGGAUCCUCACCAUCAAACAACCCAUCGGAGUCUGCGGCGUCCUUACCCCCUGGAAUUUUCCCUGCGCGAUGAUUACGAGGAAGGUUGGGGCUGCACUCGGGGCUGGGUGUACAGUCGUUGCCAAACCCGCAGGCGAAACGCCCUUGAGCGCCCUCGCCCUCGGCGUCCUAGGCACUCGAGCAGGCGUCCCAAAAGGCGUCUUCAACGUCAUCACAACCCAAAAAAACCUCGCAGACGUCGGCGCAGCGAUUUGUGCGAGUCCAAUCGUGAGAAAAGUCUCAUUCACCGGCUCUACCCGUGUAGGAAAACUGCUCAUGUCCCAAUGCUCCGAAACCCUCAAAAAACUCUCUUUCGAACUCGGUGGGAAUUCGCCGUUUAUCGUGUUCGAGGAUGCGGAUUUGGAGAAAGCUGUGGAUGCGCUCAUGGUUGCUAAAUUCCGGAAUUCCGGGCAGACGUGUGUUUGUGCGAAUAGGAUUUAUGUGCAGGAGGGUGUUUACGAUAAAGUCAUCCAAAUGCUCAAGGAGAGGAUGCAGAAAUUGAAGGUGGGGGGUGGGUUUGAAGAGGGCGUUACGAUCGGCCCGCUUACCGUCGAGAAUGGGAUCAAGAAAGCCGAAACACACGUCAAAGACGCAAUCUCCAACGGAGCUGCUUUGAUCAUGGGCGGGAAGGCACUAAACCGUCCCGGGACGUUCUUUGCACCCACCAUCCUCUCAAACUUCCCACCCUCAUCAAUCCUCUACAGCGAAGAAUCCUUUGCCCCAAUCGCGGCGCUAACCCCCUUCCACACCCUCUCCACCCUCCUCCCCCUCGCCAACACCCCCUCCGUCGGCCUCGGCGCAUUCAUCUGUACACGAGACAUCUCCCUCGUGUGGAGGGUUGCGGAAGCGUUGGAGGUGGGUAUGGUGGGUGUCAAUACGGGGUUGUUAAGUGCGUGUGAGAGUCCGUUUGGGGGGGUGAAGGGGAGUGGGUUCGGGAGGGAGGGGGGUAGUGGGGGGAUUGAGGAGUAUUUGGUUGUGAAGAGUUUGGUGAUGGAUGUGUCGUAGUUGGAGGAGCUGGGUGUCAUUCAUCGCGUUGGAAAGGAGUAUUGCUUAUCACGUAUACUUUACGUUCCUUCCGGUCUUCUCAACGACCGAGAUUUCAUCCACUGAUAUUAUUAUCAUAUUUCGAUAUAAAUCUUAUCUCCUCGGCCCC